AUGUGCGACUACUGCGAUGUGUAUCUUACGCAUGACUCUAUGAGUGUGCGCAAGGCGCAUAACUCCGGACGAAACCACCUGAGGAACGUGUUAGAAUAUUACCAGCAAAUCGGUCAAGAAAAGGCCCAAUCAGUCAUUGACUCUAUCACCUCGUCGUACGCCGCUGAAGGCCAAGCCGUACCGAACCCUGCGAUGGCACCCCCGGGGGCUUUACCUCCGCCGUUUGGAUUUCCCGGUCGACCAGGCCAAUUCCCUCCGCCUCCUCUUCCAUUUGGAAUGCCUCCCCCAGGAGGACCAAACGGUGCUCCCAGCAUGCCUCCUCGAGGUAGAGGCCUCCCUUUUCCUCCUCCAUUCCCUGCAGCAUCAGGUGCCCCUCCCCCGGGUAACCUCCCCCUACCUCCUCUUCCCAACAUGCCUCCUCCAGGAGGUCAAGGUUUCCCUCCCCCGCCAGGCGGUUUCCCUCCCAACUUCCAGACACCACCUCCAGGUGCCCCCGGGUUCCCCCCCGUGCCUCCCCCAGGCCAGUCAUCGGCGGGAUACAACCCUGGUUCUGGUCCUGGGAUGGGUGGACCGCCCGGACCAGACGGAUAUGCACCCCCCGGUGCUGGAUCUGGAGGUCUCCCUGGUCCGCCUCCAGGUUUGGGAGACUCGCGUUGA